AUGGAGGAUGCCCAAGAACUCAAAACCUUCCUGAAAGUAUGGUCUUUUGCAAUCUUGUGUGUUUGCUAUUGCUACUUGAUUCCAAGCCGGAUAGCGAAUGGCGUCCCAAGGUUCCUCUCUAUUCUCCCCAUCAUUGUGACCUUUUUCAUCCUUCCACUCCCUCUGUCAUCCGUCCAUCUAGCCGGCCCGACCAUCUUCUAUCUUGUAUGGCUUGCCAACUUCAAGCUAUUACUCUUUGCAUUCAAUCGUGGACCUUUAGCUUCCAUGCCCAAGUUACCAUUCCUUAUUUUCAUAUCAAUCGCUCUACUUCCAAUAAAUCGUAAACAUGCUAACAAAACUCGAGCUUCAACUCCAGCUAUAGCUACAUCACAUAGGCCAGGCUUAUUGGCAUUUAAGGCAUUGAUUAUUGCUAUAAUUAUUGGUUCAUAUGAGUAUAAGGAUCACCUCCAUCCAAAUGUGAUUCUAGGCUUUUAUUGUUGUCAUUUUUGCUUGGUUGUUGAGCUCAUUCUAGCCAUCACCGCUUUUUUUGUAUGGUUUUUAUUGGGGUUCGGUUUUGAAAUGGAACCUCAGUUCAAUGAGCCUUAUCUAGCUACAUCAUUACAAGACUUUUGGGGCCGCAGGUGGAACCUUAUGGUUACCAACAUACUGCGGCCUACAGUUUAUGAUCCCAUACGUGUGAUUUUGGACCCACUUUUUGGAAAGUUAUGGAGCCAACUGUCGGCUAUUUUUGCAACUUUUAUAGUGUCUGGAUUAUUGCAUGAGCUUAUUUACUUUUAUUUGACACGGGUUCCGGCUACAUGGGAGGUGACAUGGUUUUUUGUAUUGCAUGGAGCGUGUACAACUGCUGAGGUACUCGCUAAGAAGAAGGUUAACGGUAGAUUCCGGUUGCAUAGGGUGGUUACAGGGCCUCCUACGGUAGCAUUUGUGGCAGUGACUAGUGUAUGGUUGUUUUUGCCACAGCUCUCAAGGAAUGGGGUGGAUGUUAAGGCCAUAAAUGAAUAUUAUACUAUGGUGAAUUUUUUGAGGUCUAAACCGGAGGGAGUAAGAAUGUAA